CACAAGCAUGCAAUCAUAUUUACAUUCUAAGCGGCAACCUGAACUACUGAGCACUUCAACUAUCUCCUAAAGUUUAAACGACUAUUGCAGAAAAGAAAAAAAAAUAGAUAGUUUGUUUAUGUAUUAUUAUUAUUAGUAGUAUUAGUAGUAUUGUUGUUGUUGUUGUUUUCAAUGUGCCAUUAUUUUCUUUUCUUUAAACAAUUGCCCAUUGCUGAAAUGUUAUUCUCAUUAUUUCUUCUGUCAAAGCACUCUUGCAGUCCCCAACCUCUCUCCUCAUCUUCUGCCUUAUUCUAGCAGGUGUAUUGACGUCACCUGUUUCCAUUGCAGAAAAUUUCCGUAGAAAGUGCUCAAGAAAAUAGCAGUGAAGGCUGGAGUAAGAGUGAAUACGCACAUUUAGGGUCAGGGUCCGAAGAGAAAUCUGGUCACUUGAUUUGAACACUCCAAGCUGUACAGGCAAAACGUCAGGUGGACUCGCUUCCAACUGCGUCUCUCAAUUUGUUCCAGCGGAAUUAUUUCGCGGGACAGUGAUUCUCUGCUUUGCAAUUUUGGGGAAAGAAUUGCCAAUGCUGCUAACCCUCUUGCCUCUGAUUUUGACGACGAACUAAAACCUGCAAUUCAUUGACAUUUUUCAUCAAGAUGGAAUUGUGGAGCAGCAAACUAUCUCUUCAGUUUAUCCUAUGUAUAUAUCUACUGCAAGACUGCUGGGGAGCACAUGGGAAAUUAGCCCAAAAGCUGCUGAAUGAUUUAUUCACCAACUACACAAGUGCAUUGAGGCCAGUGGAGGACACUGAUAAAGUCAUGAACGUCACACUGCAGAUCACCCUGUCCCAGAUCAUCGACAUGGAUGAGCGGAAUCAAAUCCUUACAGCCUACCUAUGGAUUCGACAGGUGUGGUUUGAUGCCUACCUGAGCUGGAAUAAGGAUGAUUAUGAUGGACUUGAUACCAUCCGCAUACCUAGUAGUUAUGUAUGGAGACCUGAUAUAGUCCUAUAUAACAAUGCUGAUGACCAGUUCACUGGCUCAAUGGAGACCAACGUGGUGAUCCGGCACGAUGGGCAAAUCAUGUGGGACUCACCAGCCAUCACCAAGAGCUCCUGCAAAGUGGACGUCUCCUUCUUCCCCUUCGACUCACAGCAGUGCCGGCUGACCUUCGGCUCCUGGACCUACAACGGGAACCAGAUCGACAUCGUGAACGCGCUGGACAGCGGGGACCUGACUGAUUUCGUGGAGAACGUGGAGUGGGAGGUCCUGGGAAUGCCAUCCAAGAAGAACGUCAUCCUCUACGGCUGCUGCUCAGAUCCCUACCCGGACAUCACCUACACACUGCUGCUGAAGAGGAGAGCCUCCUUCUACAUCUUCAACCUGCUCCUCCCCUGCGUCAUGAUCUCCUUCCUGGCUCCGCUGGGGUUCUAUCUGCCUGCCGACUCGGGAGAAAAAGUGUCUCUCGGGGUCACUGUUUUGCUGGCGCUCACCGUCUUUCAGCUGCUGGUGGCGGAGAGCAUGCCCCCUUCGGAAAACGUGCCACUCAUAGGAAAAUACUACAUAGCCACAAUGACCAUGAUUACUGCCUCAACUGCACUGACUAUCUUUAUUAUGAACAUCCAUCACUGUGGCCCAGAAGCCAAGUCUAUCCCCAUAUGGGCAAAGAAGGUCAUCUUGGAGUACAUGGCCAGGAUCUUUUUUGUCUAUGAGGUGGGAGAGAGUUGCCUCAGCCCCCAGCCGCCUGUGCAAACAGAGCCCAGACCUCAGCAGGACGAAGGUAGGACUGUGAAUGGACAGGCCAGGAAGGAAGACUUUGCAUUGAAGGUGAGGAGGAAUCAAGACGGAAUGGCGCAGAAGCUUCAGGAAGACCAUGAAGACUUGGAACAAGGGGUGAGCCCAAGCCUCUCGAUGGUAAAUGUACCCGCCAACUGCUACAACUCCUGUAAGGAGGAAGGCAAACAUGUCAGCUUAGACAGAGGUGAAAGCAGUGAUUGUGGUGGUGGCAAAGGGUGUUGCAAAGCCCAGUGCCUGUGCCACAACCAGAGCCUCCUGAGGAACAUUGAGUUCAUUGCCAACUACUACCGUGAUCAGAGAGCCACCCAAAAACGGACUGGUGAGUGGAAGAAAGUGGCUAAGGUCAUGGACCGCUUCUUUAUGUGGAUCUUCUUCAUCAUGGUCUUUUUCAUGAGCCUGCUCAUCUUGGGGAAAGCCAUUUAAUAGGAAAGCCAAUGAAUAUCAUUAUAUGACGAUAACUGUAAGGUCUGCAAGGAGUCAAAGCAAGUGAGUGGGGCAUCUGGAACCAAAAAGACCGCUUUUCCUGUGUUUUCUUAAAACAAAAUGUUAUGUGACUAAAAACCGAUUAAAACUGAUAAAAAAUAAUUGCCCAGAUUUUAUAGAGAAAACAUUUUAAAAGGAACAUAUUCAUUUUAUGAAUAUUCCCAACUUCAGGAUAGAGAGAACUUUGUCUUGAACACUAUGCCUGAUGUUACCUUUAUUCUUUUAUUUACACUACCGUUGUCAAGGGGCUGACAACAAAUAUAUAUAUAUAUAUAUAUAUAUACAGUAUAUAUAUAUAUAGUUAAUCAAUGGCUGAUAUGUAAAAGAAGGACUCAUUUUAUAGACCAGUGCAUGUAUUCAAUGGCUAAGCACAUAGGAGGGACUAAAUGAGCUUGUAUUUUGAGGCAGUACUCUUUCUCAACUGGUAUCUGUAGCUUUGAGUAAAUGCAGGCUCCAAGGUUUCAAGCUCAACACUCUUUAAAAGCACCAUUUUUCCACAGACCUUUUGAGUUUCAAAACCCAUAUAAUGUUAAAUAAAUAAAUAAUACAUGUAUUUAUUGGGACUAAUUAGUGGUCCGUUGAUUGACAAUCCAGUUAAUAGUACUGUAUGUGUGGUGCGUGACCAAGCAGUUCUCAAACACACAUUUAUAUAGAGAUUAUUAUGAAAUCAAGAAUUGUGUUUUUGGUGUAUGAUAUGGUAUUUUGUAACAUUUAAAAUAGGUGGUUCCUUGUGCUAAUAAGCCAAUAGGAUUGACAGAUACAAAAUAAUGAUAGUAGCCUGUUAAUCAGAAUAAGACCUAUCUGUUCUUUGUUGGGUAAAAGCACAAGUUCUGUUCACACACUGACACCUGCAUACUUAACCUUGAGCAGUGAAACACCCAGUAUAGUACAUUAAAACAGUACAAAAUAAGUCAUUUUUCUGUCUUUCAAAGAUACUAAAAUGACUCUGCUACACUUGUUCAGAAGAAAUACACAACAAAAAAUGUUCCAGUGAAAAUCUCAGCAUGAUCCUACCUGCUUUGACUUUUACAUUAUUUAUUUAUUUGGCAAAAAGUUCUCAAACAUUUCAAAGAUAUAUAUCAACAAACCGCCACUCUGUUAGAAUUUGUUUUUAAAAGGUGUAUUCUAUCAUAGCUCUUUACAAAGUGUAUUUCUGUAUACAUUAAAUGUUGGAUACAGACUGCACUGUAGAAUAUUAAACUUAAUCAGCAUUAUAUUUCUUUGGUCUUUAUAAAAAAAAUGUUUUACAAAAAUGCAACAAAAGCUCUGGAUGUAGUUCUUAACUUCUUAUGUAUUUCCAUGCAAGGUGUGUAUUUUCCUUUUUCUUUAAAUGUUGGUAUAAUUCUACAGUGUAAAGUAGGAAUAAGAUAACAGUUUUGCUUGCUUGUGAUGAUGUCAUCUGGGUAUAUAUUUCACCAUUACAGCCAAUUACAUUAGAACCGAUUGGUUUAGCUGAUUCUAGUUAAGCCUUGAAGUAACUUAUAUAGUUCAGUUUGACUAAAAACACCAAAUUCAAAAUAGCUUGUGCAUAUGCCAGUUUAUCUACAAAAAAACUAACCUGACUUUGCAUUUCCAAUCUUUUCCCUCUAAUUGGCUUUUGAAUUCUGUUGUACUGUACAAAGUGCCAAACUGCAUUGCUUUUAAAGACAAUUGCUGUACAUAAUUGCCAAGUCCAGUGAGUCAUUAGUGUCGGCUCUAACCUAUAGUUUGAAGCUUGCAAUGUCCUGAAUAUUAGCUGUAGCUGCAAAAAGAAGAAAAAACUGAUUUUUGCAAAGGUUUUAAAAAAACACUAUGGCACAGGGCUUGCAUAACAUUGUUUAUAUAAAGUUGGAUUUUGGCACUGGCAAAGUGCAAGCUUUGGGAAUUACAAAUAUGCCCCCAGUUAAUUCCAUGUUUAAUUAACUAUGAGCAGCAAUACAGCUUGUUUGAAGCCUCAGCUCAGAAUUGUAUCAGCACUCAUAUUUCAGUCUUACUAAAUAAGUGCAUACAGUACUGGUGCUGGUUUUAGGAUGCUAAAAUGUGGAGGGUACCAGAUACGUGGACACUCGGUUCCACAGAGAGCUUACCCACUAACCUUUCACAUAUUUCACUUAAAGAACCUGAUAACAUAUUGUGACAGAGAUCGAAUGAGUCUUAGUGUUAGAUCUCCCUCUCGACCUGUGAGAGCACGGUAUACGAGGAACAGAGUACCCUUAAUGAAAUGGCACGACAAUUUAUUCCGUAGGGUAGAUGGAAGUCGGUCAGUUCGGAAGGGGGCGGAGCCAUGGCACCCGAGCUCAGUGACCCAGACGGUAAGCGGCGUGGCAUCCGAGGACUGGAGGAGCGGAUGCGCUCGUUAACCUCGGGGUCAUGGGCGAGGGUAUAAAUAGGGGGCAUGGCUUGAGUGAUCUGUUCCUUUGCAUAUGGUUAAAACAUAUAACCGAGAAGGAGCCCGAAACGUGAACGCGACCGUGAGUGUUUUGUGUCUGUGUCCUAACACUGUGUGUCUUGUGUGUUAUUGUCUCACUAAGAUUACUGAGCACGAUCUGGAGCUGCAGCCGCAGGCCAGCGAAAACCCGGACUUCACCACUCACCUGUCUCACUUUCGGAACUGUCUCUGUGUUUGCACCUUUUAACACUUGUAUCACGCACUGUCUUUGUGUACGUGUUUAGUGUGGGUGUCGGAACGGGACUUUGGGGUUGCGGGUCAAACCCGUAGGAUUACAAUUAGAAGUGAUACACGCCGCUGUAUCACUUCCAGCACUAUUAUUAUUUACAGGUUUUGCCUUGAGGCUCUGGACAUUUAUUAAAUUAAAUAAACACCCUUGCACCUGUACCAACGUCUGUCCGUGUGAUUAUUCUGCACUGCACUCACCUGCACGUCAUUACCACUUUGCCACACAUAUUGAAUAAAACAACAGAAUAAAUCUACAUUCCAUCUCGCUACCAUUACCUUUGGCUCCAGUGCUUAA